GACGCAUUUACACCCUUUUCCCCUUCUUGCGUUACAGGAUUCUGGGUUCAGUCGUGGAGACGACAACCUCCAGGUGUCGCUAGAAGAUACCUCCGCGAGGUAUCUCAAAUACGGGUAUAUGAACCCAUUCCUUUUGCUUAAAUUCACCCUAGAUUCUUUUCACUAUAUAUAGACAAGUAGAACACAGCGUAAGCUGUUAUCGGUAGAUGGGUCGCUGCUUGUGUGCCUCGUUCGAGGGUCUUCAGCAAGAAAAUUUGCAUUGUGGAUUAGCCUCAACAAGACAGCUACGAAGAUGUCCAGAGUUCGGGUAUCUGUGACUCUUCGUUCUGCAUGUCCUUUUGCUUACGAAGGAACUAACCGUCUGGGAUGGUCUUGCUGGUGUUGCCACUUGUAAAACUUUGUUGGCGGGGCAUAUGCGGCAUCACACCCACUUUGCCCCUGUAGAAGAUGGGGGCCGAGGGGUAUGGGCUGCAGCGUCCCAGCGCAGCUUGUCACAGGCGGCCUUGGGCCAAACAGUCAAACCGUCUGCGGGUACAUUUGACACAUGCAAUUCAAAUAUAUGGUGACGAGUCAGGGCGUAUAUCGAUGGCCAGUAAUGACGCUCGACCCGACCAUGCGACGCAGCGGCGACCGACGCGACACCCUUGCUUGCCUCGACCGUACGCUAAGCGGUGCGACAGAAUAGCUGAUCCCUAAAUGAGCAUUAUAACGUGCGAACGCCAUCUCAAGCAGCAGCAGUUUACUUCAGGAGUGCUGACGCAAUCCCUAUAGUUUAUUUUGGUCCCACAAUGGCUACCUGGCAACGACUGCUAGCUAUGAUGGCUUGCGCAGUGCUAGGUUGUUGCUCUGCUUUGCCAUUGGAGCACGGAAAUGCAGCAGCCAGGCUUCCAAGGAGAUUCCAAAGAGAAACCCCUGCUCCGGCCACCCAAGACGAAGUUCUUGUGGAGCAAUGGGACGACAUCUGUGCAAAGGAUGACAAUGACAUGCAGAAACUGUAUGAUGAGAACCUGGAGCAGGAUCUCUUCUACUGGCGGGAAUUGCUCCAAGGAAACAAGCUGAAUAAGAGCCACCUGUUGCAGCUGUUUGACGACUACGGCAGGGCGAGGAACAACAACUUGGGCGCUCCCUCUUACAUUAGCUCCCAGCACAACGUUGUACUCAUCAAGGACAACCACUGGUACACGCCUUUCCGGCCUUUCGAGUACGACACAAACUGCACUCGAGAGGAAACUUGGUGUGAUGGUCGCAUGAUGUACGCCCAGUGGUCUUUCGAGCGGUGGACCCGGGCCCUUGGCAUGACCUUUCCGGACGUGGUCUUCUUUCACGACAUUGGCGAUGCAGGUGGAUGCCUCGGCAAACCGUGCGCAGCACCUAUGCUGGCCUACUUUCGGCAACGACAAGAGAUGGGGUAUCCGUGGAAGAUCCAAGCCACAACUGGGGACAAGACCAUACUAAUGCCCAGCAUUUACUUGGAUGUGGGCCGAGAUGCCGUCAACGGACGCCUGCAGCCAUACUCCCUGUACUCCUUCCCUUGGGAGAAGAAGAUCAACAAGGCUGUGUUCAGAGGAACAGGAUGGUGCCAUGGAGGCAAAGUUGUCGCGUGCCCUCGCCGGCACCUUGCGAACGAGAGCAACUUCAACGGUCACAAUGACACGCUGGACGUCCAAAUCACUGGCUGGGUUGGGCCCCCCAUGCCGUACCAGAGCUUGUCCAUAAAGGACCAUGCGCGCUACAAGUACGUCCUCUCACUCGACGGCGCGACAGCUUCCAACCGGUUUGCGAAGCUUCUUGGAACGAAUUCAGUGGUCCUCAAGGAGGAGUCGGCGUACAUCGGCCAUUUCUACAGGUCUGUCCAAGCAUAUGAGCACUACCUGCCCAUCCUCUCACGGCACCCAAACGAUUGGCUCGACGUGUUUGACACCUACCGAGACCGAGACGUCGAGCUGAAGCGCAUCGUGAACAACGCACAGCGCUUUGCCGCCAGGUACUUGUGCGACCGGGCAAUCGCGCUGUACUUCCGACGUGCCUUGGUGCGGUACAAGGAGCUCUUUAGCGACAUGCAGGACUUCAUAGACAGCGAUAUCUGGCCGCUGGUGCAGGAGAAGCAAAAGAUGAACGUAGAUUUUAAGGAGUACAAGGCUUCGCUGCCUCACUAACUGCUGUCCCAAGCAAGCAUGCACGCACCUGGGCGCCCACGGCGGUUUGUUACAUGGGCAUGAAUGAAUGACCGUUACAUGGGCAUGUUGAUUGGCAUGCAUGCGAUUUCUAACGCGGUUGUCAAAUAGGCGGAGCAUGGCAAUACUAGCAAGAGAUGUUGUGCGGGGAUAAAUGCAUGCAUGGGCAUGCGGGUUAGUUGCAGUUAACGGGACUCCCCAUGUCCUCUCUAUACCGUAUAGGACUAUUGCACGCGUACUCAGUCCGGAUGAGCAUGAGGCGACAAACUACUGCGCUUUUGGCGAGAUGGGUUGGUUUCGUUGUGGCAACAUGCUGCGUUGGUGCGUGAACGCUGGCUUGUAUGUCCCUAACUACUCCAAAUCCUACCUGGGCUUCCCGGGCUUGCUAGCUGGUCAAGCAAGGGCUGGGUUGCGACGCCGGACAUGGGUUGGUAGGGCUUGUGCAUUCAGUGCACAAGACGGCCUACUUUGUACCGGGCGUCAGGCUAGGCAUAUGUAUAGGUCACGUUCGUUCGGGUUGAAGGCCGUGAUGCUGCGUAAUCGACCCAUGGGUCACUCGCUGGUGUCGCCGCUGCAUUUCCCUAGCUAUGGAUUCUCGGAACCCAUAUCCGUC